CCAGGUUGUUUUUAGACAUAAAAAACAUUACAAACAUGGUUGACAAAAAUGAUAAACAUGGUGCACAAAAAUAACAAAGUUUACGAACAUUACAAAAUAACAAAGCGUACAAACAUUACAAAAUAUGUCAACAAACAUCACAAAAUUGGCACUGUCGCCGGAAAAUUCUUCCCCGUCCACGAUGGUCGCCGGAAAAAAAAAUUCCGACCAGAAAAUCUUUCCGACCAGAAUCUCUCUCUCUCUCUCUCUCUCUCUCUCUCUCUCUCUCUCUCUCUCGAAUAAUGGCGCACAGGAACUCUCUGAGGAAAUUCCCCAUGGAAAUAAUGGGCGCCCAGUUGCCCAGGAAUUCCCCUGGCGGCGCAAUUAACGGAACGGAGAUGGGAGGCGACGCGACGGGGACGGACGGCGCUGGGUUAUUUUUUUUAUUUUUUUUAUAAUUAAAAAUUAAAAAUAAACAUGCAAUUACUACAUUGCCCUUCGUUAAAUUGAAUUAAUAGGAGCCCUUGGAUUUUAAUGAGGUGCAAGGGUGGAGAUUCACUUGGCCAUAUAACUAAGGGGACCCCCUAGUCACCAGAUCUUAGCCCCAAAUAUACCACUCAUCAUUUCGAUCACCAUCGUUGUGUACUUUCAUGUCUCUUUCUCUCAUUAUAGUAUGUAGCAUCCCCAAUGCCUCCAACCUUAUAUUUUAUUGUGUAACAACCCGCAGAUGCUAAUAGAUGUUUAAAUUUAUAUCCAACCAACAAAUAGUUGAUAGAGGCAUCAAGGUUUUUGCAUCUCUUGUUUUCAAAUGGAACGAAAACCCUCAACCCUCAAUAAUUGGGAAUUUGGGGAGAGUCCCAAUUAUGAGGGCUCAAUUACUAAUCAUUUCAAAAAAUGAGAAUUUUAUUUCUGUUCGAGUCAAUUCUAAUUUCUUGUUCACUUUUCUCUUCCAAAGAUUUUUCUAGCUCAAGAAAUAAAAGAAUGAGAUGACUAUUGAGGAUUAAUAGGGUAAAUUUCAUAAAUAUUGUUUUUAUUUAUUUAUCACGAAUAUAGUGUUUUAAAAACUAUUUACAAGAAUAUUGUGUUUUUUGGUAUGUAUAAAGCGCUAAAGCCUUAGACUCAAGCGCGGCUGCUAGGUGCUGUUUUAUCAAGAAAAUCCAGCGGUGGCGCCCGAGACAGGGGCUUUUGGCCUUUAAAAAUUGUGAAAGCGUCGCCGCCUCAGACUGGGGCUUUGUCUCUUAAAAAUAUGUAAAAGCGGCGGCACCCCAGACUGGGGCUUUGUCGCUGCCAUUUUCUUCCACUCCAGCACCACCCAUCACCAUAUACUGCACCUUUCCUUCGGUUCUUCACCACCAAAAAACUGAAAGAAGUUCCGAAAGAAGCUCUGUUGUUGCUGUCUGGUUGCUGGGAAGAUGGCUAAUAAUAGGUAAGAGUCGUAUUUUUUUUUUCAUGUAUUCAUCAUAAUGAUUUUGUCCAGUUAGUAAUUAGCGAGUUUGUUUUUUAUGUAGUGGUUUUAUAAGAUUUGAACUAGCUGUUCGGUGGAAAUCAGAGAAAGUAGAGGACAAUUUGGGUGUCCAUUUUGUUGGUGGUGUAAGUUUUCAGAUGACUAUUCCAUCCAGGGUGAACUAUCAGAAACUUUGUAAUAAUCUAAUUCAGAGAAUACGGCGUAGAGACGAAACAGUACAAGAUAGUGUUGUGAUUACAGGUUUCACUUACUGUCUUCCAGAAUGGCAUAAUGGUGUUUUAUUUCAUUAUGCAAUGCCUAUUGUCGAUGAUGAUAGCUUAAAUGUGCUUUGGAAUUUUAUGGCACAAAAUCCUUAUUGUUUGGGUGCUGAGAUACAUGCUGAGCUCAGUGAGGAUCGGGGUGGAGAGGAAGAAGAUGACACAUGGAGCAUGCCAUCCGAUCAUGACUAUGAUGACGGUGAUGAUGGAGAGGAGGAAGAUGAUGAUGAUGAGGAGGAAGAGGAGGAGGAGGAGGAAGACGACGACGGGGAGGGAGGAGAACAACCUAAUUAUCCUCCAUAUUUUUACUUGCAGGGUAAUGAAGAGGACGAAGAACUAUCAUAUGUUGAUUCAUAUGGCGUAAUUCCAGGGUCUAUUGUUGGUGGUUUUGAUGGAGAAUUCUACAAGGGGCAGAUAUUUCACUCGAAACAAGCUGCACAGGUGGCGAUUAUACACUAUGCACUACAACGCAACUUUCAGUAUAAUGUGGUGGAGUCGUCACCUUCAAUCUGGAAGAUCAGAUGUUUGAUGCACAAGGAGGACAAAUGUCCUUGGAUGGUGCGGUUUGGAUGUCGAGAUGUGGGAGGCGAUUGAAGCGUGAGAAAGGCCGAGUUGGUGCAUACUUGUAGCAGUACGACUCAACUGACGGAUCAUCGCCAUCUUGAUGUCGACGUUAUAUCUGAGUCCGUGAAACACUUGGUACGUGCUCAACUAAAUUUGAGUGUUCUAACUGUGCAGGCCGAGUUGAAAGAUAAGUUUAAUAUGCAAGUUACUUACAAGAAGGCAUGGUAUGGGAAACAAAGAGCAUUGGAGAAGUUGCAUGGAAAUUGGGAAGAAUCCUACGAUUUUUUGCAAACAUUCUUGCGGGUGGUCAAGAGAAAAAUGCUCGUAUGACGAAUGUGGUAAGAUCGAUCACCAGCCUAUAAUUAAUGCACAAAAAUUAU